AUGUGGUUUGUGUUCAUGGACUUCAGUGCCUUCCUUGUGCUUGGGGAUCAGCUGUAUUGUGUCUGGGUGAUGGGGGCUCAAAUGCAGACAGCCAGCCAGACGGACAGACAGCCAGACAGGCAGAGAAAAGAUACAUUGGCGCGAGUUCCCUUCACGCUGCCUCCGCUGGCCUUAGCAAGCUUCACGGAGCUUCACGGGAUCACAGACCGCUUGUCUCUCACACAUGCUGCUUCCACGGGUCGAGCUGUCGGUCUCCUGCUGCUCACCCUGCCUCUCUGUCUUGUCUUCCCACCCUCGGGUGCUCUUUCCCGGGAUACUAAAGCCAGCCUACCACCUCUGGAGGGUUUUCAGGUGGUGAAGGGCAACUUCUCUCAGUUGUACCUCAGUGUGGGUUACCACAAGAUAGCAGAGAUCCCUGCAGGAGCUCACAACAUCACCAUACAGGAGACCAUAAAGAGCAGAAACUACCUGGCUCUCCGGACGCAAAGGGGCGUCUCCAUCAUCAGUGGUAACUGGGUGAUUGACAGGCCCGGGAUCUUCAUCGCUGCAGGAACACAGCUGACCUACCGACGGCCCAAUGAAAUCCGCUCUCGCAGUGGAGAGUCUAUCACUGCACCUGGGCCACUCACAGAGGACCUGCAUGUUUUUCUGAUCUACCAGCAGCCAGGUCCCAGAGUAUACUAUGAGUACAGCGUGCCUUCAGAAAACACACACCCCAGUCCUGAGCCAGACACACCCCCUGAUAUACUGUCCCUGGUCGAGACAGUGGGCCCAGCCGGCCCAGGUGAGGACCCGCACCAUGCCGAUGUCACCAACAAUGACAUCAUCAAGGAGAAACCCCAUCCCAACCAGGUUCCCUCCGACCCCGAGGUGAACCCUGACCCCCGGCCCGCCUACAGCUGGGCUCGGACGGGACACACAGAGUGCAGCGCCACCUGUGGCAUUGGUAGGCGCCAGGUGCUCUGGGGGUGUGUGGAGAGAGAUUCCCAGACCACUGUUCCCGUUGACCUCUGUGACCCUGACCUGCAACCCACAAACCAGGAAGAGGACUGCAGUACCCAGCACUGCCCUGCAUACUGGGACCUGGGGGAGUGGUCAGAAUGCAGCAAGAGGUGUGGGCCUGGCACCCAGCACCGCCAGGUCAUCUGCCGCCAGGUAACCCACAUCCACAGCGAUGGGACAGAGACUGUGGUUUCUGUGGCACCGGAGCUGUGCGGCUCGUCUGACAGGCCAGAAACCAAAUCUUCCUGUCAGCUGAAGAUUUGUAGCCAGUGGCAGAGACGCUCUGAGUGGAGCCCGUGUUCAGUGCCAUGUGGGGUGGGGCAGCGCAGCAGGGAGGUGGUGUGUGUGAGUGACCAGGGGGACGUGGAGGAAGAUGAGGAGUGUAACAUGGGCCUGAAGCCAGACACACUGCAGAACUGCGACAUGGGAGCCUGUGCUCGCAGCUGGUUCACCUCCCUCUGGAGCCAGCGGUGUUCUGCAGAGUGUGGUAAAGGCAAUCGAACCCGGAGAGCAAUGUGCCUGACGGAUCAUGUGACUGAUCUCCCAUUGGACAGCUGCGACGGAGAACGCCCACCUGAAGUGACAUUGUGUGACUUGGGACCAUGCCAAAAGCGCCUGGAGUGGUACACAGGACCGUGGGGACAGUGUUCUGCAGAGUGUGGGAAUGGCAUGCAGACCCGGAGUGUGGCCUGUCUUCUCCAGGAUGAUGGUCACAUGGAGGUCGUGGACCAGUUGAAAUGUUCCCACCUGCCUCAGCCAAUCAGCUCUCAGCCCUGCCAGCUGAAGCCGUGUGGCGUCCAGUGGUACGUCACAGACUGGAGCUCAUGCUCCCGCUCCUGCAGUGGUGGCUACCGCGUGCGUGAGGUGCGUUGCCUUACCGACAACAUCGUUCCAAGUGACCGCUGUGACCCCGACUCGAUCCCAGAGAGUCGAGAGGAAUGCAACACUGAGCCGUGUGUUGCCGAGAUAAACCCAUCAUGCAGGGACCAGUACCAUAACUGUAUGGUGGUGGUGCAAGCCCGGCUCUGCAUCUAUCCUUACUACAGGACUGCUUGCUGUGCCUCCUGCUCCCGGGCCACCAAAGCGUACCCCAACGCCUUCCAGAAGAACUACAUCCGCAGGUGA